CUUACUGUCAGUGUCAGUGUCAGGAAUCGACAGGAUAGAAUUAUUUGUCAACAUCGAAUCGAAGUUCGAACAAAAACAAAUUAUAAUGUUUAAUCGUUUAUGUUUUAUGUGAAAAUAGUGACAAUAUAAGAUACCAAUUCUGUACUCCAACCAUGAAUAAAAAAUCUUAUAUAUGUAGGGUGUGCUUAGAUUCUCGAGAUGUUUUCGUAUCUCUGUCGGAAACGUACCAAGAUUUUGUGUUAUACGAGUUCAUUAAUAAUCUAACCAAUUUAAAUAUCAGGUUGAGCGAUGGAUUUCCUGAUAAGAUUUGUGAUUCUUGCUACUCGAUACUCAAGUCGUCGAUAGAUUUUAAAGAAAAAUGUGAAUCUUCCGAUGUUAUAUUAAGAUCUAAUGGUGUUAAAGAAGAAAUAUUUCAUUCGGACGUUAAAAGUGCUCAAGUUAAAAGCGAGGAGAGCGCAGUAGGUGUAACCGUGAAAAUAGAAUUCAAAGACGACUUCUGUGGCGAUGACAACUUCGACUAUCCAGAAGAGUUAGACACUGAACAGGAUUUCAAAGAUGAAAAAAGUCAUAAGCAGUUUUACCUCGAAUUGUCAAAUCAGCAAACAGAUUCAAAAUUAGUAUCAAAACCUGAGUUUAAAAGUAAAGCCAUUGAUUUGAAGCUCAUAUGCCACGACUGUGGUGGUUCGUUCACAUCCAAAUGUAAGCUAAAAGUCCAUUGGAAGAAAGCACACAUGCUAGCCUCAUUAGUAUGUCCAUUCUGCAAACGUGCUUUCAAAAGCUACAAAGCUUUUCACGUGCAUAGGAAAAAGAAAUCCCAGAGCUGCGAAAUAGCUGGUCACGAAAAUGUUAAAGUGGAGGGUGUCGGAAGAGCGAGGGUAUUCAUAUGUAUACAAUGUAAUUAUAAAAGUAAAAGGCCCAAGGAUAUAUCCACACACAUACGCACUCACACUGGUGACCGACCAUAUAAAUGCAAUAUCUGUUCAAAGACUUACACUCAACAGAGUUCCCUCCAAGGUCACCAAGAAGACUCGCAUCAAAUGUAUUUAGUCCAAAUGACAUGCCACAUCUGUGGCAAGUUUGUCAAGGGCCGUCGGAAAGUGAGCAGACAUCUGAUAAGCCAUUCCCAAGUAGAUUGCCCCGUGUGUCACAAAACUAUCACCAAACUGUCAUACAAACAGCACAUGAAGAGGCACAGUGGCACAAAGAGUUAUGCAUGUGAAACAUGUGCAUCAACCUUCUACACAUUAGCUGAGUUGUGUAACCAUAAACGUUUUAAGCACAGCAAAAAAUCAUUAAAAUGUGACCUUUGCGAUUUCACUACUAACAACCAGAAAGCUUUAAGAAACCAUAAAAGUAAACAUACAAAUAAAAACAUACCAUGUAUUGAAUGUGGAAAGUUUUUCCUUACUAAUGAAAAGCUAGUAUUGCACCAAAGGAUACAUUAUUCCGACAAGAAAUUCAACUGCCCCAAAUGUGAUUCAUCAUUUUUCAAAAGAGACUCAGUUAGGAGACAUUUGAAAGAUAAACAUUCAGCGGAUACAAAGCAAGAGACUGCUCCUGUCAUCAAAUCUGAGGUUAAUGAACUUAAUCACAAUCAAGGAACAACAUAAAUAUUGUAUCCAUAGAGCUGAAAUGUGUCUAUGGUUUAAUCUCCACCCUGAAAUAUUCUCAGAUUAUUAUUGUGCUUUUUACUUGGUGAAUAAUGGGAUAUGAGACAUUUGUUUAGUUACUUAUACUACAGCCCAACUCAAUGUGUACUGUUUAACAAAUAAAAAUUAGGGUAUAAAUCACUAGUCAUUUCACACGUAAUAAUAAUUAAAAUUAACUAAUAAUUAAAAUUAACCUUAUUAAGUUAAUGAAAACAAAUUCCAUUAAUUAUAUUUUGAAUAAGAUUUUAUAAACAAACAAUAAAUAAUACUUGAAAAAUAAGUUAUGAAAUGACAUGUGUUUUCUCUGAGUGUAUGGGACAAACGUGCGAACAUGCUCCUCACAAUAAUGGUACAGAGAGAAAUAAGAGAAAGGCAGGAGAAGGGAGAGCUUGAGAAACAAUAGCUGAUUGGCCAGCACGAAGUAAUGCUAGGUUCCAGUUCCGUGUUGGGUGAGGAGUAGCAGAAGUUUGUUUUAGUCCAUGCAAGUCGGACAUGUCUGAAGGGAUAUUUUCUUCCUAGAAAAAAAAGAAAUGUGUUUUCUGCCUUCUAAUUUGUUUGUUGGUUAAUAGUACACGCCAAGUAGGGCUGUUGUAUAUUAUAAGUAGCUAAUCAGCUGGGUUUAUACUAAUUAUGGCUUACAAAUAUCUGGUAAUGUGUAACUGUUUCCCAUUGGAAUUUUGCUACAAAUAUUUAUUUCACUUAAUAAACAGGAAUGUAGAACAUAAUAUAACAUGUAACUAUUAGCCUGCCUGUCCACCAGAGCGGAGCAAGGAAACGUAGCGGAGAAACGGACUAAUGCGGAGCGGAGUUGCAGAUUUAAAUAAAUAAAUGUUAAAUUUAAUUUAUUUAAUCCCGCUCCACUUCCGUGCUCCGCUUACCGCUUAUAUUUCUCAGUUUCUCAGCUCCGCUGCCUCACUCCGCUUUAGGGGACUGGCAGCCUCAGCCUGCCAUCUAAAGUAUAUUAAAUGUACCUAAAAAAUUUUUUUGGAAUUUUUUCUUACUUUGCUAAUUUAAUAUUAUGAUUUGAUUGAAACACGACUAAUAUAUAUUUAUAUUUUUAUAUUUGCACACUAUUAAUUUA